AUGGAGCACACUUACCAGGACAUGCGCAUGGAGGACCCGGUGGCGCAGUUCACGUACCUCGUCGACCAGUUCAAGCAGCGCUUCCCAAAGUUGGCGUACCUCCAUGUCGUCGCGCCCAAAACGCUGGCCAACGUAGGGCCGAAGGACCCUUCGCAAGCGAACUUCAUUUACGACCUCUGGGCCCCCCGGCAUGUGAUCUCCACCGGUAGGUACGACCACGAGUCUGGUGUGAAGACCGCGGAGGUCAUCGGAUACGGAAUGAUGUUCCUCGCGAACCCUGACCUGCCCUUCCGCCUGAAGAAGAACCUGGCGCUCAACGCACGGGACUACAGCACGCUCUUCACCGCGAAGUCCGCGGAAGGUUACACAACGUACACGUUCUCGGAGGAGUUCUUGAAGACGCAGAUUGGAUGA